AUGCCGGCAUACCACUCUCAAUUUAAUGACAAAACCGAAUAUCGAACAAUUGGUAAUAUGGUUAUAUUACCAAUAAAAACCAAAGAUCGAGGUCCAGCACCACCAGCACCUCCCAAUGAAGAUGAUAUCAUUGACGAAGCUCUCGAUCUCUUUCGUGCAAAUUGUUUUUUCCGUAAUUUUGAAAUUAAGGGAAACGCAGAUAGAGUUUUAAUUUACCUCAUUUUAUUUAUAUCCGACUGUUUAAAUCAACUCGUGAAAAAUCCUACACGAAAGGAGGCAAGCAAACUAUUGACUACUAGAGCAUUGGAUAGCUUCGCUUUGCCCGGUGACCCAACUUUCCCAUUAAAUGCACUGUAUGCUGCUCCAUCUGAUCGUUCUGAUGCAACUCUCCUACGUCAAUAUUUAACACAAGCUCGUCAGGAACUAGCAAAUAGACUAAUUGAUAGAGUGUAUGUUGUUGAUAAUAAACCUAGCAAAUGGUGGAUGUGUUUUCAAAAAAGGAAGUUCAUGAACAAAUCUCUGUAA